CCAGGGUGGGAGGCAGCAGCCAGACGGCUCCCCCAGGCACGCGUGGGACAAGUCCACUUCUACAGCAGAUUUUGCUGAGCUGCAGUAGCUGCUUCCCCCAACACAGGAGUCGUGCCCCAGGAUGCCUUUGUAGGAGCACCUUGGCCAACCCAACUGAAACCACCCAGCACCCUCACCCACCACCCACUGCAGGCGUGCCAGCACCUGACAAGCCCCAUCCCUCCCCAGAGCAGCUCAGCCUCCAGGAUGGCUCUGCUGGAGACUGGAAAACACUGGCAGGGCUCCGGCCUCAGCAGCGUGAAUCCUGACAUUGCCAGUGAGAGGCAAACGCCCUCCUUCAGCGUGGAGAAGCUCACGGCCCGGCUGGACGGUGGCGUGGAGCAAACUCGGAUGCGGAGGGCGGUGGUUGAAGCUAUCGAAUCUGACCCUGAAUUUAGCAGAGAAAGUCAGUAUUUCCAGAGCCAGAAUGAGAGGUAUGAAGCAGCAGUCAGAAAAGCUGUUCACCUCCAGAAAAAGAUGCAUGAGAUGGGAUGGACUGAAAAUGGACCUGAAUAUAAGUAUAUUUACAGGGCACUGUCAGGAGACGUCGCGUUUCUCCUUCACCGCAUCUUCGUGAGGAGUAUUUCCAUGCUGGGCUCCGACGAACAGAUUGCCAAGUGGAUUCCUCUCGCCAGCCAGUAUCAGCUAAUUGGAAGCUACGCCCAGACUGAACUGGGGCACGGAACUUAUCUUCAGGGUUUGGAAACAACAGCGGUCUUUGAUAGCAGUACACAGGAGUUUAUACUGAAUACACCAAAGAUCUCUGCCAUGAAGUGGUGGCCUGGAGACAUGGGAAGGUCAGCAACCCACACAGUGGCCUUUGCUCAGCUGUACAUCCACGGGAAGUGCUAUGGCAUCCAUCCCUUCAUCGUGCAGAUCCGCAGCCUUCAGGACCAUUCACUCUGCCCAGGCAUAACUGCAGGAGACAUUGGUCCCAAAAUGAAUUUUGAGCAUGCUGACAAUGGCUACCUCAUGCUGCAGAACGUGCGCAUCCCCAGGGAGAACAUGCUGAGCAAGUUUUGUGAGGUUCAACCAGACGGCACCUACGUCAGACGGGGAUCACAGAAGAUUAAUUAUUUCACAAUGACUACGGUGCGCAUUUCCCUCCUUUCAGAUGAGGUUUUAGCACCUCUGAUGAAAGCUUGCACCAUCGCCAUCCGGUACUCCGUGGUUCGCAGGCAGUCCAAGUUGAAGCCUGGGGAACAAGAAGCAAAAAUCCUUGACUACCAAACUCAGCAAGAGAAGUUGCUGCCCCAGCUGGCAGCAGCCUAUGCCUUUCAUUUCAUCAAUGACUACCUGCAGGAGUUAUUCAACAGGGCAUACAGGGAGAUCCAGAGGAAGAACUUUGACACACUGCCAGAGCUCCAUGCAUUUUCUUCAGGCUUCAAAGCCCUGGUUACUCAGCACUGCACUUCAGGAGUGGAGAUCUGCCUCCGGGCAUGUGGGGGACAUGGUUACUCCUUGCUGAGUGGACUCCCUUCCUUGUAUACUAAGAUACUUGCCUCAUGUAUUUAUGAAGGGGAAAACACCAUUUUGCUCCUGCAAACUGCCAGGUUCCUGAUUAAGUGCUUCAUGGCAGCCAGUGCUGGCCAGCCUGUUCCACCAUCUGUCACAUAUCUGGCUGCAGUGAAACCCAGCAAGUGUCCAGCCAAGAACAAGUUGGAUUUUCUCAGUCCAGAUAUUUACACUGAGGCCUACCAACACUCAGCAGUCAGACUGAUAAGCAGCACAGCAGCUAAACUACGGGACUUGGUUCAGUCUGGAGUCAAAAAGUACGAUGCAUGGAACCGGUGUACAGUGCAGCUGGUGCAGGCUGCAAAGGCUCACUGCCACUACAUCACAGUGAAAAACUUUGCAGAAACUGUGGAGAGACUCGAGACCAAGGCUGGCAUCCAGAAGAUUAUGAAACAUCUUUGUGACCUCUUUGCAUUACACGGGAUCUUCUCAAAUGCAGGAGUCUUCUUGCAUGAUGGAUACAUAUCUGGAGCUCAAAUGGACAUGGUCACAGCAUCAUACCUGGACCUCCUGGCUGUCAUUCGGAAGGAUGCUGUUCCACUAGUGGAUGCUUUUGACUUCACAGAUAAAAGCCUGAAUUCUGCCCUUGGCAGUUACGAUGGACAGGUUUAUCAGCGGCUGUACGAGUGGGCUCAGAAGUCACCAACAAACACACAGAUGAACCCAGCCUAUGAAAGGUAUUUGAAGCCACUUCUUCACAACACGCUAUCAAAAUUAUGAAGACGGUGAUCUAAGUGAAGGCAACAUGUUUCCUCCUGUUCUUUGUGCAGCAGUACAUUUAGGAAGCAUCAGUAAUGACUAAUCAGAAUUUAAAAAUCAGUUCCAACAAGUAUGAAACAAGAUUCUUAGCCAGCUAUUUGCAUUUAGCCAGACAGAAGUCAAACAAUGCAGAGUGGUCCCUCCUGCUAGGAGGCAGCCUAGUCAGAGGUAGCCUGGGGUUUGCUGUUUUCUAACCUGAAGUGUCCUGAUAGCAUCAGAAUGAUGCCAUUUGCCUUUCUUCUUUUUCUAAAUCCACUAUAUGAUAAUUAAGGGGAAAAAAAAUCCCACAUUAAGAGCUCCCCUUCAGAGUGUUGGAACUGUACCGUGCCUUCAGAAUACCAAAAUGCACAACAAGCAAACCACUUUACUAAAAAACUCACGGAAUGUGAAAUUAUGGUCCUCAGUUUCUAGGAGUAACUUGCUCUCUUAGAUCAAGAGCUGUAUUAGAAAGUACAUCUGUCUGGACAAUUAAAACUUGGUCAUCAGUAUUCCUGGCUAAUGAAAAUUCUGACAAAACUGAUGCCAACUCUAGUCUGUAGAAUUUACUUUCCCUUUAAUAGAGCCACUCAUACUUGUCUUUCUAUAAAUCCUGGGCUCCAAUAAAGUGUAUUAUUUGGAA